AUUAAUUUAUCUGGUGUGACCACUGACCAGUACGUUUAAUUCCAGCAAAUAUAAAUUUCACAAUGAAAUUCUUCGCCGUUUUCGCUGCCGUACUGGCCCUCGCGGCCGCCGCGCCCACCACGCAAUGGACCCUCAACGAGCUGUCUGAGGCCAUCCAGAACCCGGCCACCCCCGCCGAGUAUCUGCCCUACCUCGAGCAGGCCCUUAACAGCAUGAUGGAAAUGCUCUUCGCUGGCCAGCCUGUUGACUCCACUGUCGUGCUCACUCCAGUCGGUCUCCUGCCCGUCGAGAUCGCCUCCCCCGCUAUCGUGAUGCCCGUGGAGGUCGUCGACACCCCCAUCGCCCCCGUCGCCCCCGGCGUCGUCGCUGAGCCCAUCGUCCCCGCCGCCAUCAACGACGCUUCUGGCAACCCCCUUGUCCAGAUCAUCGUCAACAUCAACCAGGAGUCCUCCGCCGCCGUUGAGGUGCCCUCUCCCGUGGUCGUCCCUGAGGCUCCCGUUGAGAUCCAGCCCACCCCCGUGAUCGUCGUCGACGAGGCGCCGAUCCAGCCCACACCCGUGGUAGUCGUCGAUGAGGUGGCCGUCGCUCCUACCCCCGUUGAGGUGGUGGACGCUCCUAUCGCCGUUGAGGUCGUGCCCGCCCCCACUCCCAUCGAGAUCGUGCCCGCCCCCACUCCCAUCGAGAUCGUGCCCGCUCCCACUCCCAUCGAGAUCGUGCCCGCCCCCACUCCCAUCGAGAUCGUGCCCGCCCCUGAGAACCCCGUUGACGUGAUCGCCAUCGAGACCCCCGAAGUCAACCCCGCUGAUCUACUGGCGCCCGCGCCCGUCGUCGCCGCCGGCGAUGCUGAGGGUGACCGCGUCUAAACUUAAGAAUUUUAUGUGAAAAUAUAUUGAUUUACUUUUAUACAGAACAA